GGCUAGCUUGCUUGUGCCUAAUGAAUCAAAAAGCUACAGAUCCUGACAAAAGAAGCUUCAGUGUUUGCUCCUGAAACUAUAGCUGUACAAAAGGACAUUCCAUAGAUGUGAUCAUAACAAAAAAAAAAAAUCUUAAAAGGUAUCGUCAGAUGUAAGUCACUCAAGUGACAUCAAAACCAGGGCAAAUAAUCUUUAACACCAGGUUCUGUCCAUGAUAAGUAUGAUGUUAUUUAUUUAUUUAACUAUGCAGGGACAUGAAUAAGUGAUAAUAGGGAAGGGCUGAUUUAUAUUGUGUAUUCUGUACCUCAGCAUACUGGAACUCUGUAAUCCUCUUUACUAAAAUACCAUUCUCUUUGCAGAAGCUUAUUUUAAUAAGAGCUAUUUUUCCUUUCUUUUUCUUUUAUGUCUCUUAAAUGUUUCAGCAGUUCUGUGAACAACAGGAGAUUAUAUCAUACCACAGACAACGUUCCAUAACCACCAGAAGGAGAAGAAGAGAAAAAAAAAAAGGGGAAAAAAGGGGAGGGAAACGUUUAAUUUGAAAGUCAAAUUCCUCAAGUGCCUUCUUCCUUGGGAUGCUAUGGAAAUAGCCUAAUGAUUUCUUAUGAAACUUGUUGCAGAUGAUUGCCUUGGUUAUGGAUUCCUUCACAGAUACUGAUAUCUUCAAAGACCUCUUGGAAGCUUGUAGCCAGCGGCAAGUGAAAGCAUACAUUCUUCUAGAUCAGUCUUCGUUUUCCCACUUUCUGAAAAUGUGCAAAGAUCUGGGCGUGGAUCUUGAACAGGAAAAGUUGAUAAGAAUUCGAAAUAUCACUGGGAACACAUACUACACAAGGUCAGGUGCCAAAAUUAUUGGAAAAGUCUGUGAAAAGUUCAUGUUAAUUGAUGGCAUUAGAGUGACAACUGGCUCAUACAGUUUUACAUGGACAGAUGGGAAACUGAACAGCAGUAAUAUUUUGAUUCUGUCAGGCCCUGCAGUCGCGCACUUUGACCUGGAAUUUCGGAUUCUUUAUGCACGGUCAAAGCCUGUCAACUUCAAAGAGUUAUCCAGCUGCAAGAGGAACAAAGUGUUGGACCAGCUGGUCAGGAUAACAGUGGCUUCCAGAGACUUUACCAGGGAAAAUUUCCUCAGAAUGGAGUUUUUAUAUCUUAGAGCGUUUGUAGGAAAUCUAAAACGGAAGCGAAGCUGGCUGCAUGCCUCAAGGGAGGCAGUCUACGUGCCAAAUAACGCAAUGCAUGUGUCUCCUCCGCUGACUAAUAGCUCUACAGUUAUGAGGCCAUACUGGAUUGUAGAGAGAUGAACUGCACGUUCACUCAAUGCGAGAAGCAGACCCUCAGAAACCAUGUCCAAUGGUCCAUGUCCAGCAUUGUCUUACAAACCAACACAUCUGUGAGAGCAGCUGGGAAACAAGCUUCAGAUUGAGAGAAAAUGAUACUGGCAUUGUGGUUUCAUUUGGAGACCCUUAUAAUGCAGAUGAACAGAUGCAAUUAUGGUAUUGCCUUAGGUUCAUAAGCGUUGUGUGUGUGUGUGUUUUUUUUUUUAAACUCUGCCACCUGGAAAGUCAUUAUUGGCUUCUAGUGUUCUGUUGGAUUUUAUUCUUCAACCUAUUUUCUUAAGCGUUUUACUGGGUUUGCAAUGUCUUUGCUCAGUAGCUCAAACAUUUUUUAAAGAAUCUAGAUAUAGAAAUUAUUGUUUAAAGGUCUUCUAAAGCAGGAACAUCUUACUGCUUUUAGCUCAGUCUGUGCUUAGUCUCGUGCUCAACAAGCUCCCCAUGAACUGUUUCAUGACACAAAACUGAAAUAUAGUAACUGAAAUGUGCAAACUGGUAGAUCGAUACCAGGCUGGUAGGCCUCAAAUUACAUGUUCUUCACACAAACCCAUGCAGCUAAGCCCAGCAAGCUAAUAUGGCAGGCUAAUGAAGCUUUUGCCAUGACUGAAUUUCAACUUACUUUUCAUUUUGAAUUAUAAGAAUGCUUGGAUUGUUGAAUAUCACAAUAAACACAUUAUAAAUGCUUGCCCGCAAGGGAUUGCAUUACUCAGAAUCUACGAAGGUUUCUAGCUGAGUCAAAUAAGGCCAUUCACUUGACAUCACUCUGUUGUCUUUUUAUGGUUGCUUCUGGGGUCUGAUUUAUUGGAAAAGUUGAGUAGGUCUGAAACCAGUGAAGAACCUGCUGCUUCUCAAAUGCCUUACUGUUGCUGGCUAGGCAAGAACUAGAAUAAUUCAUUUUUAAGGUUUCAUGCAAGCUCAGAGUUGUUUGUUUGUUGUUUUUGUUCAAGUCCUUCAUUUUCUGGAGCAAAAAAAGCAACGAAUAAAAAAUCCUCCCCAAAGAGUUGUACAGUGAGGCGGUAGAGUUCCUGAAAAAAGCCCCUGAAAGAAAAGAAAGCCCCUGUUAGCCCUACCACGGCAGCUGUGGCACGAGCGAAGGUGGGCCACCUUGCCAAGCCGUUCUUGAGGCUCUGCUGCUGCCGAAAUCUUAGGUACCUGCUUGUUUAAGUGCCUUGUGGGCCUCGAAGGUGAAUGUUUAAACUUAGCCAGGGAAUUUCAUGAUGCUAAAUGUCAGCAGGACAAUAUUAAAUUGCAUGUGUACUUGUGCAGUUUGCCUAUCCUACGUUACACAUUUGAAAACAAAAAAUAGUCUUUCUGUACAAUACUGCAAUCAUGUACUGAUUAGACUACAACUAAUGAAUCCUUUCUCUUCUGCAUUUACAAUCAUGGCAAUGUAGUAGUUCUGAUUUUCCUAAUUUGUAAGUGUUCAGUAGUGUACAGUUCAACAGUCUAGCUUUUAUCCUUGUGUAAGGAAUUUUGAAAUAUGAAUUUUUGUGUUUGUGGAAAACAUCAUUAAAAAUAAAAACAA